AAUCGACUUGGGCCACUAGCUUGCAAAUUUGCGUUCAGGUCGGUAAAAUUGACAAACUGCCAGGUACGUUCCAUUAUCGGCCUUUUUUUUAAAUUAUUAGCAUCAGUGAUUUCACGUACCAACGAUGAAAGUGAAAUAUGUUCGUUUCCUUCGUCGUUACAACGAAAGCGCAUGUAUUCGUAUGCAUCAAACGUUUGUAUAUGUAAAAUAAGCAAACAGUCUGCUAGUCUCACUCGUUUCUUGGAUCGUCGAUAAGAUACGAAUACAUUUACAAUCUCGUAAAUGAGAAAGCUUGUAUGAAAUUCUUAUAAAACUGGUCUCUCUCCCCCCCCCCUCUCUCUCUCUCUCUCUCCCUCUUUAAAGAUGACAAACAAAGAAUACUCAUUAACUUCUUAAUACUUAUUUACAUAGAAGAUGGCCUUGCAGUAUUCUAUUGUUCGAAAACAUGUAUUUUCAUAAACGAUUCUCUUGUGCGAGAAAAAAUGAUUAAGAGAAAGAAAAUCGUAUCCUCGAAAUUUUUUUAUCUAUGGAUACUCGCGCAAAAAUAUCGAAUAAUAAACGGAAACGAAAAGACGGUAGCAUGAUCGAACAUGGACGUUCUCAUAAUUGCUGUGCAUGGUUAUCCUUGUUAUUUCGUAAUACCAUCUCGUGACUGGCACACGGAGACGCCGUUUUAUUUAUGAACCGUUUAAAUGGUUUAAAAUGACUAACAUGAAAUAUUGUUUGAACGUUGGAAAAAAAUGGAGGAAGAAAAAAAAAAGAACAAAAAAAAGAAAAAAAAAGAAAUAAUACAGACAACUCGAUUACGAUUUAUGUAAAAUAAUUUUUUUUCAGCUUCGAAUAAAAUUUUCCAUAAGAAAUGGUCUUACCGAUCUCUCGGAAAUAUUUCAUUUCCGUUAAUAGACGUCAUCUCGAGGAUCUAACCGAGCCUUUUCCUCUUAUCAUUUCGCUCGGUAACUUUUUGAAAAAACACGCGCAAACGUUAACGGUGUCAUUGCUUUGUUCGUGUGCUUACGUCACGUUCUCACACUCUCGCCUCGUACCCAUUAUUACGCUGUACCGAGUUAAAGUAAAUCCACGCCUUACUAUUAAUUAAUUUGUCGACUUAAACGCAGCGAGGUUAUCGCUCGUUUAUCGCUUGGAUACGAUUCGUCUCUUCGUUUCGAUGUUCGAUAAUUUUUCUUCAAGGUUGAUAGUUUAUUCAUUUCUCUCUCUCUCUCUCUCUCUCUCUCUCUCUCUCUCUCUCUCUCUCUCGUAAUUAUUUCGUUGGACUUUCGACGAUAUAUAAGGCUUAUCGUCGAACCGAUAAAGCAGCAUACUUGUAAAUAAUAUCAUUGCCGGUAAUUAAAAUUUCUUUUGUAUGUUUAUGAUCAUUAUUCCUUAUAGAGUACUGUGGACGCACACGAGCGCGUGGAAAAAUGUUAAAAGUCACGUCUUUGCCUGGUUUACCAGGAAUACGUGGAUAUGCGCGAAGAAUGCAAAGUUUUAGGAUCGGCCGGUUAGCGAAAUAGCUAAGGAUCUCUAGCCUCUCGCGUAAUUUCCUCCGACGAAAUCUUGUUUUCUUCAAGACCGCACGUUUUCGAUGCAACCUGCAUACAUUUCUCUUUUAUUUCUAAGAAACAAUGUCGGAUACGUGCGAGCGACGAUUAAAGGUCGCUUCUUUCCUGUCUCAACGCCGUCGUUCGUAAGCCCGGAAAGGCAUAGCAACGCAUUGCGUGAUUCGUUAUACACGUGUUAACAAAGCCAUGAUUCAUCGAACUCUACAAAGAUCGGCAACAGGUGUUCCUGCUGCAAUUUUAUUUGCUUUUAGCGUAUAUGUAAAUAAUACAUGUAAACAAUACGGCUUCGAAACUUCGAAGGAACGCAAAGUGUACGUGUAUCUAUGUAAACUCAUUAGGUAGAUUCAUUAGGCGUUAAUAAUUUUCAUAGAAAUUCGUGACAGAACUAGGUAGGUUAAACGAGUGUCAUAAUUUGCAUUAAUUACGAUGAACGAAUUUUAAUUUCUUGAUCGAAAUUUUUUUAUUCCAGCACGUACAAUACGUACGUGCCAAGCCGCAUUUCCAUUAUUCGACAGGUACGAAGAAAUUCAUGAAGCUUCGUUCACCUGUCGCAUGAGGGCAGUCGUAGAUACGACAACGACUAAGACGCGCCUGCCAUCUUUGUCGAAACUUGGUUUUUCUCUUGCUCUCGUCUAAAGCUCGAUUUAAUUUCCGUCUCGUUGGAAUCAACGUGUAGAUUUCGAAAAAAAAAAAAAAAAAAAGAAAAAGAAACGAAAGAAAAAGGAAAAAAAGAAGACGAAAAACCAACGAGUUCGAAUAUACGCAAGGACUUCUGACGACAUAACAAAAGCAUUUGAAAGUUAUUCGUUUUUCAUAAAUUUUCCCAUUCCGCGUUGAAUUCGCGUUCGCGGAUCGUUGUGUCGCGUACGUUUAUCGCGACAAAUGCUCCCGCUUUUCCAUCUUCCUCCCUCGCUUGCUUUAUCUCCCUCCUUCUCGAUCGAGCUUCCCUCUCCUCGUACUAAGAGGCCCCGAUACGGUUGCGAGAUGACGCGAUUGGUCCCUCGCGAUCCCGCAUACGCGCGAACCGACCUUUAGUUCGUUCGCCGCCGAUCUCGUGUACGGUCGUACCUGUUGGUACCCGAUUGAGCGCUCGCCGGUUAGGAAGCAGUCUAAUCCCAGUCGUUUUCGAAAGAUCGUCACGCGGUCUCGUACGUGCCACCGAUAUAUAUAUAUAUAUGUAUAUAUACACAUACAUAUAUAUAUAUAUAUAUUCGGGUAUAUAAGAGAGGUGUGGAAGAAGGGAGAGUAGGGGAGGAAGGAAGAAAAGAAAAAAGGGAAGGAAGAAAGGAAAGGCGUAAAUCGAGAAUAAGAUAGCUCGCGUAGAUCGCGAGUGUCGUCCGUUCAUCCCUUCUGCGACGGAAAAUCUGGAAAGUCAAGGUGCGAGUCUCGAAAUGUCGUCCCUGAAGGGCGAUAAGACACCUUACGCACGUCUUUGCCACAUCGUCAAGUGGGAUGACUUUGACGGUUACGGCUUCAAUCUUCACGCGGAGAAAGGAAAGAACGGGCAGUACAUCGGUAAGGUGGAUGAGGGUUCCCCGAGCCAAGCUGCUGGCUUGAAGCAAGGGGAUCGAAUCAUCGAGGUAAACGAGAUUAACAUAGCCAAUGAGACUCACAAGCAGGUGGUCGAACGCAUCAAGGCGUUCCCGAACGAGACGAAGCUCCUGGUGCUCGAUCAUGAGGCUGACGAGUACUUCAGGGCAAACAACGUCAUCGUCAAGGGCACCAUGGCGAACGUCAAGGUGAUCAAGACGCCGGAGAGGAAUCCGAACAGCGUGGAUCACGAGGAGGGAUCGGACCACGGCAUCUCCGCCGACGAGAAUGCACGAAAGUCGACCGGGUCCAACGACACGGAGCACAGCGAUAGCACGGCAACGACGGUGAAUGCUUCUACGAUAGCGAUGACAACGACGACGAUGAUGACGACGACGGCUUCGUCGACGACGAUGUCCUCGUUGUCGAGCGAAAACGAAGAGACGAGUAUCGCUCGGGAAAACGGCAGUACCAAGUCGAGAAACAGCGAGACGACGGAGGCACAUGUUCACGGAACCGGCAACGGCACCGUCGCCGGGAACAACGAGCCCCGGCAAGGUUUGAACCUGAAGAUGAGCGCGAAGGAACUCAGGGCUCAGCUGGCGGCACGGAAGAAGUACGAUCCUAAGAAGGAGUCGAUCGGCUUCAAGGACAAAUUCGACAUCGUUCAGAAACUUUAAUUAUUAAGUCGGCUAAUUAAGAAGAACAAAGAAACAAACAAACAAACAAACAAACAGGCAAACAAGCAAGCACAAAAAAGAAACGAAAAUUGAAAGGAUACGGUAUCAUCUCGAUCGAUCUAAAAGCCACGGUGUGAUUCCUCGUAUUUCUUGGCGGUCCUUUCUGGUUCUUGCAUUUCUCUUUUAUCGGCCCUUUCCCUCUCAUAUACUCAUCGAUAUUAUUAUUACGAAGGAGCCAAGUACGUUGGCCAAAUUUUAUCUAGCGGUAGGAAGGCGCGUUAUCGAAAAGGAACGUACACAUACGAUUACAUCCAUCCGGUCGUUGCGAUAAAACCGCGACGCGUUACGUUCGUUGGCUUUGUUAAUUAUUGUUUUAAGCGGGAAGAUCGCGUGAUGAAGGUACGCGAUAGAUAUAGAUAUAUAGCAUAGGUUAUAUACACAAGUAUAUGGGAAAAGAGAGAAAGGACAAAUUGUCGUGUUCUCGUUCGUAGAGAAUCCUCUCGCGAAUGCGAAUACGAAAAUCGGUAUACGAUAUAUAGGUGGAGAAACGUUCGGUUGGUAACGCGAGUCCGGAUAUACGUAAUUACGAAGACACGGAUAAUUACGGUAAAUUCGUUCCCCGAAGAUGUUACCGCGAUUACCUGCCAUUUUCGCGGCAAAAUACUUCCGGAUAUUCGUUCGUUAGGCAGAGCCUCCUACUUAUUUUCCUCUUCCCGUCUUUCGCAAUCGGUUUGUCGUCAAAGAUAUUUUUUUUUUCUUUUCGUUUCUUUUUUUAAACUUUGUGUAAUCCCGGGAGCGAGUCGCCCAUAAAUAUUCCCGAAAGAAGUCGCCGAUUCUUCAUUUUCAUCAAAAAUUCGUAUUUGCGUGACAAAAAUUCGAUGAACUCGCCUUUGGUAUUGGCUCGAAGCUAGCCGCGAAUAGUUUUUGAAAAACUAUUUCCACGUACGAUGGAAUGCAACCCAAGGAAUGCUCUCAAAGCUGCUAUCCUCCUCCUCCUCCUCCUCCUCCUCCUCCAGAUUCGUGCGCCUCUAGGAUCGAGGAAAACGUUUUCAUCGUGUCGCCUUUGACACCGAUCUUCGAAAGAUAAGCGCAACGCCGUUAUUAAUCGUCUCUUUUAUAAAUAUUUUCUCCGUCAAACUUUGUAUCCACUUACCUUUCCCACUUUCAGCCGUUCGAAAAAGUUUGCGUGUCUGGGUUGCGAAGAAACUUUGCGUUUCUCCGAUCAUCGAAAGGAAUUUUUUCAUCGAUAAGAAAUAACGAUAACGUCAAUGCAUUAUUGCGGUUAUCGAGAUAGAAGGAAGUCGUGAAAACGUAAUAGAAAGUGUAAUAUGUAGUCCGCUAAUAUAACGUGUCCUACAUGUCGAUAAAAUAGCAAGUAACGUGCAAUUGUAAAAAUGUUAUUACGACGAAAUGAGAUAACCGAGUUUUAGCGUAGCAAGUAGGAGCGAGAAUGCGCGUUAGAACGCAAUCGUACAAUGCUGAGAAUACAAUAUUUUUCACGUUAGUUCGCAUAGUUGGUUUACACGCUUGAAUCGAGACUCGAGGAGAGUCGUAGGAACGUAUAUAAAAGUUAGGUUUACAUCUGACUGUACGUUGCUAAAUAUUACGACGACAUGUUGUGCAACAUUCAAUUAUCGUUAUCGUCGCUGGUACGCGCUCACCUGCAUCCAACCCGAGUCAGAGACACGGAUUCGUGCCGCUCGUACUAACGACUUUUGGUUUCCCUUUCUUCCUAAAUCUCCAAAAUGGCAUCGCGAUUUCUAACUCUUAUUACAAACGUUCAUUUAGAUUUAACACGGAAAUUCUAUUCCACCAUUAUAUUUCUCUUUUUCUCUUUUUACGCUAGUCCGUUGUACCGACUACCUAUCUAUCGACGUUAGCGCAACAACGUCAGGUUUAUUCCGAUUAUUCAAGCCCAUAACGUACGUUUCAAGUAAUUUUAUUGUAUUCGUCGUUGAGCGACGGGAUUUGCAUUGAGCAAUAGUAUUCGAUGACAUUAGAGCAUUAGAGCACUACUCCAAAUACCGUUAGGACGACGCGCGACUUAUACUACGUUCGCUCAAAGGAUCGCCUUCAAGGAUCGCUAAUCGUGAAUGGAAUUUUAAUGCGCGAGCCCGUUUUCUUUGCAUAGAUCAUCGCUGGUACGAGGAGAGUUCGUUUAUAGCAUUACGUGCGAGAUGCACGAAAAAUCUCACUCGCGUAUGCGGUUCGGUAAAACGUACAAUCUCUGUGUCGUCCUCCACAACCAAUUUUCUACAUCUUUCUGAUUUCUUUGCUUUCGAGGAUUUUUUUUAUUAUCUUCAGAGUCUAUCGUCUUGUCGAGUCGAUGCCUUCUAAAGUCGAUUAAAUGGACGACACUGUCCUGUAAACUAUUGUACUUUUGCCGAUUUAGAUAUUCAAGAUGUCGAUGAUCGUUGAUCGCCGUUAAGAAGGUGACCGCCAUCGUAACUUACAAACGUCAGAGAAUUUUUCGAGGAAGGCUAACUCAUCGACGAGAGCUAUAAAUCGUAUUACGUGGCUAUAAAUUGUAAUCGUUCAAUCGUCUCCUAAUAACACACGUAAGCACGUCAAUCACGUUUUCUGCAAUACGUUUGAUCGUUGUAAAAUGUAAAUAUUAGAAGUCGUGUGCCAGUUUCGGUGCAACGAUCACGAUGAAAGGGUGGAUACUACGUUUAUACGAAAUCACGGCCCCGCUUAUAUAUUUGCAACGUUUCUUUUUUUCUUUUUUUUCCUUUUUUUUUUUCUUUAAUCUCAUUUUAUCUCUUACUACCAACGGUCGAUAGUUACUCACUACUUUUCAAGUAAACAUUUAUUAUAAUGGAUCGGAUAGAUUCGAGAGAGACGAUGUAUAUUUUGUUUAGUCAAAAGUCGUAAUCUUUUCUAUCGAUUGGUUGCACCGAACUUUUAAAAUGUAUAUAAUUAUAAGCACAUAUACAUAUGCACGGUUCUUUUUUUUUUUUUCCUCCAUUCUUCCCGUAAGAAUGGAACGUGCACGUUGUUAUGGUUAUCGAGCGCACAUAAAGAUGUUAAUUACGUUAGUUUAAGUUUACUAUUUUCUUGUUUGAUUAUAAGACUUAGUUAUUGUGUUACUCAUUGUAGUACGCGCUUACGCGCGUACCUACUGUCUAUUUACAUAAAACGUCGAUGUACGUGUUA